CCCGCCUCCCAUGAGGAAGUGCGAUCAAGAAUCUCCUACAUACUUCCGUUUCCGGGCCCUGGGCUUUCUUUUCGUGCUGGUAGCGCUCCUGUAAACAUGGUGAACGUUCCAAAAACCCGCCGGACUUUCUGUAAGAAGUGUGGCAAGCACCAACCCCACAAAGUGACACAGUACAAGAAGGGCAAAGAUUCUCUGUAUGCCCAGGGAAAGCGACGAUAUGACAGGAAGCAGAGUGGCUAUGGUGGGCAGACGAAGCCAAUUUUCCGGAAGAAGGCUAAAACCACAAAGAAGAUUGUGCUGAGGCUUGAGUGUGUUGAGCCCAACUGCAGAUCUAAGAGAAUGUUAGCUAUUAAGCGAUGCAAGCAUUUUGAACUGGGAGGAGAUAAGAAGAGAAAGGGCCAGGUGAUCCAGUUCUAAGCUUCAUCAUGGUUUAUUGACAAAACAAUAAAGUUUUAAUGUUACAGGUA